UCUUUGCACUGCCACCCGUCAAACCAUGCCUUCUUUUCUUCUAACUUCAAUAAUUUUGACGCGGAUAAACAAACACAGAAACAAGCCACAAAUCAACAUUCAGCUUUAUUCCCAAUUGUAACAACAAAGGCAACAUACAACCUUAUUCAAUUAAGUGGGCUUUCAGCAUGACUAUGAGAAAAACUAGCCUCGAUUCAGCUAUUUUUAAUGUAUGUAAACGAGAGGUCGGAGAAAUCUCUACCAGGAACUUUUCACACUCUCUCGGUGCCUCUAAGGACUUGGUGCUGCGUCUUGAUAUCUUCAGGAAACUGAAGAAACACACAGGCUGGGUGAAUACAGUUAGUUUUAGUGCUGAUGGUGACAUUCUCGUAUCGAGCUCUAAUGACAGGAAGGUCAUUCUCUGGGACUGGGAAACUGGGAAAACUUUACUCCCAUUUCAUUCAGGUCACGAUGACUAUGUUUUUGCAGCAAAGAUCAUGCCCCACACUAACAACCGAAGCAUUGUUACUUGUGCUGCUGAUGGGCAGGUGAGACACGCGCAAAUUCUAGAACGUGGAUAUGUGGCGACCAAGUUGCUAGCAAAGCAUCAAGGACUAGCUCUCAAACUGGCAAUUGAACCAGGAAGCCCCAAUAGCUUUUACACAUGUGGAGAUGAUGGAUUAGUUCAGCACAUAGAUCUCAGAACAGACACAGCUACAAAGCUUUUUACUUGCCGACCUUUUUGGCCUAGAAAUUAUACGUCUUUAUGUCUAAGUGAAAUUGCAGUAGAUCCAAGAAAUCCCAAUUUCUUUGCUGUUGCUGGAGCAGAUGAAUUUGCAAGAAUUUUUGAUAUCCGCAAAUAUAGAUGGGAUGGAUCUGCUGAUUUUGGUCAGCCUGUUGACUAUUUCUGUCCCCAACAUUUAGUUGGUAUCGAGCAUGAGGCAAUAACAGGUUUGGCUUUCUCCGACCACAGCGAGCUUCUUGUUUCAUACUAUGAGGAGAUUAUAUAUCUUUUUACAAAAGAUAUGGGGCUGGGACUUGAUCCAUCCCCCAGUUCCCCAGUAUCGUAUGACAGUUGUGGAGAGGAAAUUGACCCAUAUGAUCAGUCUGGUGCAUCUCCACCGCUGGAUGCUGGCAUGAACUUUGGUCCACAAAUCUACAUAGGUCACAAAUUUCGUGAAGAAUUAAAAGGUGUUACCUUUUUUGGGACCAGAUGUGAAUAUAUUGCGGGUUGGUCUGAUUGUGGUCGAAUUUACAUAUGGAAUAAAAAGAGUGGGGAACUUGUUCGUGUUAUGGAAGCAGAUAAAGGCGAAGUAAACUGUGUUGAAUCUCAUCCUCAUACCGCAGUACUUGCUAGCAGUGGAAUGGAGUCUGACAUAAAGAUAUGGACCCCAAAAGCCAUAAAUAGAGCUGUUUUACCUAGGGAUAUUAAUAAGCGGAGACCUAAAUUAAGCGACCCACAGUGCCGAAUUCCUUCUCCUUGGGACGAGAUGUGGUAUUUUUUCUCCCAACCCUUGGAUGUUAGAGAAUUUAACUUCAGAAACUGGGAAGGUAAUUGACCGUAUGUCUUGACACAAACGUCCCAAUAUGUUGUUCCACCACACUAUAGUACAGCUUUAGUGCAGUUGAAAUGAAGGAAACUAAGUUAUGGAAGAUGGCACGACUUCUGCUGUUUGGGGUUUGUGGAUGGAAAGAAUUAGGAGAACUUUUGUUGGAGCAGAGAGUUGGCUUUUGCUUCUAUAAUACUUUUGGUGUAAGAUAGCGUGUACAUUCUGUAUAUAGCUGGCUAGAUCUUUGGGAGGCUGUAGGUGUUUUUGUGUACAUAUUUGGUGGGUGAGCCACCUGCACUUGCUGUAAAUAGUUUUUGAGAAUAUCAACGAAAUGACAGAAAAAUCGAGCUUGUAAAAUGCAGUUCGACUUAAAAAGUUAAAGCGACAAAAA